GAGCUCGGCGCUCCUCCGAUGCUCCUUUGUGCUCAUCAGAUUAUCUGUAUAGUGGUAUACAGAUACAUAUAUAUGUAUAUAUAUGUAGUGUAUAUAUCAUUAAAGUACUUGUAUGGAGUGUGUUGCUGCAGCACCACAACAGCAACAGAGAUAACUUUCCAGUUUUGUGCAGAUUUCUUCAUAAAGGUGUCAGGAAGCCAUGUGUAUCCAUCCAGGUAGUUGUGAAGGAGAUAAGGUUACUGCCUCUUGAAGCCAAGCUGUAAAGGUUUUGGCUUGGGAAGGAAGUGCAGGCAUAAGGUAUAGAGAGCAGAAGCAGAGGAACUUGCAGCUUUCAGGAGUUACUGAGCCUCUCCCCUAUGUCAGUGUCAUGCAUGACAGGAUGAGCUCUGCAGCUUGUUAUUACCCCUGUGUUCUUGCACACCACAUUAUUUUUUCUUAUUAGUUUCUUGGUACAUCUCUGAUUUCUGUCCAGCCCAAGGCACCUUUUCCAAAGUGUAUGAUCUGUCAUCGGUUUUCUGACAGUUCACUCCCUUCUAAAUGCAUCUCAUGUUGAGGCUUCCUCUUUGACAGUGAGAAAUCCAGAGAUGAGAGAUGGGAAGGUGAGAAGGUAACUAGGCAUGCCUGACUGACACUGAAGAGAUCUUUUGUGGAUGUGGAUGAGUUGUAGGAAUGUUUUCCUUAACUAGAGGAAAAUACAGGAUUUUUCUUGACCUCCUUUAUGCAUUUUCUGGUUGAAAGGUGAGAGAAAGGGUGUAUGUCGAAUGUGUAGGCACAUAAAUACACUCAUUUUUUCCCUGAGUAUUUGUUUAGCUUUUAGAAAACUGCUUGGCCUCUCCAUGCUCACUUCUCCCACAUUGGAUUUAUUGGAUAAUGUGUUUUUAUUUUCUUCAGCUUCCUCCAUACUCAGGAGUGGGACAGCCAUGCUGAGAGCCAAGGGUGCUCUCCUGCGCCUGCAGCCUUCCUGCUGCACACUCCUGGCACAACUUCCAGCCUGUCAGCUCUCAGAACGUUCCCUGCACAGGCAGCCACUGCACCCUGAGUGGGCUGCCCUUGCAGAAAAACAGCUGAAAGGCAAGAAUCCCAAGGAUUUAAUUUGGCACACCCCCGAGGGCAUUGACAUCAAGCCCCUGUAUUCCAAAAGGGACACAAAAGACCUCCCUGAGGAGCUGCCAGGGAUGAAACCUUUCACUCGGGGCCCCUACCCAACCAUGUACACAUACAGACCAUGGACUAUCCGCCAGUAUGCUGGUUUCAGUACAGUGGAGGAGAGCAAUAAGUUCUACAAGGACAACAUUAAAGCUGGCCAGCAGGGAUUAUCUGUUGCUUUUGAUUUAGCCACCCAUCGUGGUUAUGACUCAGACAACCCCCGAGUUCGAGGAGAUGUUGGAAUGGCCGGAGUUGCCAUCGACACAGUGGAAGACACCAAAAUCCUUUUUGAUGGAAUUCCUUUGGACAAAAUGUCAGUUUCUAUGACUAUGAAUGGGGCAGUCAUUCCCGUGUUGGCAACAUUCAUUGUCACUGGAGAAGAACAGGGAGUGCCUCAGGCCAAGCUGACAGGGACAAUCCAAAAUGACAUCUUGAAGGAGUUCAUGGUCCGAAACACCUACAUCUUCCCCCCAGAGCCAUCAAUGAGGAUUAUUGCUGACAUCUUCCAGUACACCUCAAAGUAUAUGCCAAAAUUUAAUUCCAUUUCAAUCAGUGGGUACCACAUGCAAGAGGCAGGAGCUGACACCAUCCUGGAAUUAGCAUAUACUAUAGCAGAUGGCUUGGAGUACUGCAGAACUGGGCUUCAGGCUGGCCUUACCAUUGAUGAGUUUGCACCCAGGCUCUCCUUCUUCUGGGGAAUUGGCAUGAACUUCUAUAUGGAAAUAGCCAAGCUGAGAGCUGGGAGGAGGCUGUGGGCUCACUUGAUAGAGAAAAUGUUUAAGCCCAAAGAUCCCAAAUCUCUUCUCCUGAGAGCUCAUUGUCAAACAUCAGGCUGGUCUCUCACUGAGCAGGAUCCCUUCAACAACGUGAUCCGUACCACAAUCGAGGCGAUGGCCGCGGUCUUUGGGGGCACUCAGUCUCUCCAUACAAAUUCCUUUGAUGAAGCCCUGGGUUUGCCCACAGUGAAGAGUGCUCGGAUUGCUCGGAACACACAGAUCAUCAUUCAAGAAGAGUCAGGUAUCCCAAAAGUGGCAGACCCCUGGGGGGGAUCUUACCUCAUGGAGUGCCUCACCGAUGAUGUCUAUGAAGCUGCUUUAAAGCUUGUUGAGGAGAUUGAAGAAAUGGGGGGAAUGGCCAAAGCUGUUGCUGAGGGGAUUCCCAAACUUCGUAUUGAGGAGUGUGCAGCCCGGAGACAAGCCAGGAUUGACUCUGGGUCUGAAGUAAUUGUUGGAGUAAACAAGCAUCAGCUGGAGAAAGAGGAGAGAGUUGAAGUUCUGGCUAUUGAUAACACUUCAGUCCGUAACAAGCAGAUUGAGAAGAUUAAUAAGGUGAAAGCCAGUAGAGAUCAAGCAGCAGUUCAGCAAUGUCUUGCUGCUCUAACACAAUGUGCAGCUACUGGGGAAGGCAACUUACUUGCUCUUGCAGUGGAAGCAGCACGUGCAAGGUGCACUGUUGGAGAAAUAACAGAUGCAAUGAAGAAGGUGUUUGGGGAACACAAAGCCAGUGACCGCAUGGUGAGCGGAGCUUAUCGCCAGGAGUUUGGAGAGAGUGAUGAAAUUCUUCAUGCCAUCAAUAGAGUUAACAAGUUCAUGGACCGGGAGGGACGCCGACCUCGUAUCCUCGUUGCAAAGAUGGGUCAAGAUGGCCAUGACAGAGGAGCUAAAGUCAUUGCUACAGGAUUUGCAGACAUUGGCUUUGAUGUGGACAUUGGUCCCCUCUUCCAGACACCUGGAGAGGUGGCCCAGCAGGCUGUUGAUGCAGAUGUUCACUGUGUUGGUGUGAGCACACUUGCAGCAGGUCAUAAAACUCUUGUGCCUGAGCUCAUCAAAGAACUCAACACCCUUGGCCGGCCAGAUAUCCUUGUCAUGUGUGGAGGUGUCAUCCCACCUCAGGAUUAUGACUUCCUGUACCAAGCCGGCGUUACCAACGUGUUCGGUCCAGGGACUCGCAUUCCAAAAGCAGCUGUCCAAGUGUUGGAUGAUAUUGAGAAGUGCCUGGAGAAGAGGCAGGAAUCCCUGUAAUGCUGAAAUGUCACACAACACAACCAGCCUUACAGUAAUCACUUACAGAAUGUACUCAUCAGCAAGGGAUGGCCAGCCACACACCAUUGGUUCCCCUGCCCUGUGUCCUGGUGUUUUGUGCUUUCUAAGAAAGUUGUAAAUUCUCUGCUUGUUCUAGUUGAGGAUUAUUUAUAUAUGUGCCCACAAAAAAAAAUUAUCUCUACAACUAUGAUUUCCAGGGAAUUAAGGGAAUUCAGGUGGGUUGUUUGGUUUUUUUUCAGGUACUCUGAUAAAUAAAAUAUCCAUUCCAGCUCUUUGGUUGA